UGCGCGGCGCAUUCUUCUGUGGAGGGCGAAGCGAGCAGCUUCCAUCCUCACCGCCACUGAUCGGGAAAUCUGAAUUUCCCUGCAAACACAAAGUCGCAGCUUGUUUUUCCUGAUCGGAAGUCACCAACCUUUCGUCCGAACUGCAUUUCGGGUGGAACUUGUGCUGCCGGGGAGCCACCGGGGCGGCUUGUCCCUCCGCAUCCCCCGUGAGGGUAGAUUUGUCCCCUGCUGAGGGCGCAGCGUUUCAUCUGCCCGGAGGAUCCACAGAGCGGAAGUUGCAUUUUGGGGAAAUAUCGAUACAAUGGUGUGAAGGUCAGCUGACGUCCUGUUUUGUCCGGCUCUCACAACUUUAUGUUGGGAAGAAACUAAGAAAAGCAACAUGUGUUUAACUAACGUCAACCCGCUGAUCCUCACCCUCCUCCUCCUCCUCUUCUUACCCUCGGAUUCGAGACAACAGGCGCCAUCUAACUGUGUGAUCAAGAUGGAGCAGGAGAAAUGCAUGGAGAUGAUUGCCUCGGACGAUCCUGGGAAUGAUCCAGAAUUCGGCUGUCCGUGGAUGUGGGACAACCUGACGUGCUGGCAGCCCGCCAGGAUUGGUGAGGUGGUCGAAGUCAACUGUCCCGAACUCUUCUCUCAGUUCAUGAGUGACGAAGACUUUGAGGUGGGGAAGGUGAGUCGUAACUGCACUGAGUUCGGCUGGACAGAGACCUUCCCUUAUUACAUCGAUGCCUGCCUGUAUGAGGAAGGCAACGGCACUCAUCUGGACAUGUACUACGUGUCAGUGAAGGCUCUGUACACCGUGGGCUACAGCACCUCUUUGGUCUCCCUCACCAUGGCCAUGGUCAUCCUGUGCAGGUUCAGGAAGCUGCACUGCACCAGGAACUUCAUCCACAUGAACCUCUUUGUGUCGUUCAUCUUGAGAGCUAUUUCCGUCUUCAUCAAAGACGGCGUUCUGUACGCCAAAGAGGACAGCGAGCACUGCUUCAUACACACUCUCGAGUGCCGAGCAGUGAUGAUAUUCUUCCACUACUGCGUCCUCUCGAACUACUUUUGGCUCUUCAUAGAGGGUCUGUACCUGUUCACCCUGCUGGUGGAGACCUUCUUCCCUGAAAGGAGAUACUUCUACUGGUACAUCAUCAUCGGUUGGGGGACCCCCACGGUGUGCGUGAUCAUCUGGGCGGUGCUGAGGUGGCACUUUGAUGAUAGCGGCUGUUGGGACAUGAACGACCACGCUGCCAUCUGGUGGGUGAUCAAGGGACCUGUGCUCGCUUCCAUAAUGAUCAACUUUGUGCUCUUCAUCGGCAUCAUCGUCAUCCUGGUCCAAAAGUUACAAUCCCCAGAUAUCGGUGGAAAUGAAUCCAGUAUUUACCUGAGGCUGGCUCGCUCCACUCUGCUUCUGAUCCCCCUGUUUGGGAUCCACUACACCGUGUUUGCCUUCUCCCCCGAGAACGUCAGCAAGCGGGAGCGUCUGGUGUUUGAGCUGGGCCUCGGAUCCUUCCAGGGCUUCGUCGUGGCCGUCCUCUACUGCUUCCUGAACGGAGAGUAUAUCCCCCAAGGUGCAAUCGGAGAUCAAGAGGAAAUGGCGCAGCUGGACGGUGAACAGGUACUUUGCUGUGGACCUGAAGCACCGGCAUCCCUCGCUGGCGAGCAGUGGGGUGAACGGCGGCACGCAGCUGUCCAUCCUCAGCAAGAGCAGCUCGCAGAUCCGCAUGUCCAGCCUGCAGGCCGAGACCCCGGCCACCUGAGCGGCACCGCCGGGGGGGCCGCCGCCGCCGCCUGCGCACCCGACACCGCCAGACCCGCCGACCUCCCGAUGACCAGCCUCGCCGACCCGUUCCUCAACCCGUACCCCAACCCGUACCCGGGCGGCAACACCAUGGAAACCCAACUCAACUCCAGCGACCCGCUGGGACCUCCCGUCUGACCCGCCGCACCCCUUAAACAUGACCCGACCUCAACGCCAGGUGCCAAAUGAUGACUCUCGUUAAUGUCCCGACCUUUUGACCUAGGCUCAUGGGUGACAACACAAACUCGAGCCACCUGUUCCUGAGCCUCCUCUCGGCUUCAACGGGCAUGAUGAGGAAUUUGAGUGUAUAUGUAGUGUCUUGUCAGGCUGUGACUCGUAGAGGAAGUCCGGUCAUCUCUGUAUAUACUGUACAUAGUGUUUGUCUGCUGCUGCGGUUACAGCACGGGGGACCAGUUCAUCACUGCGGCCCUCUCACGGGAUCAUUCCAGGCCGUCUGAGAAAGCUUUUGCGUUAUUCCUCCAGUGUCAGCCUUUCCUCAAGUUGGGUUUUAGACUCUAGCUGCACACUGUAUUUCUGUCUAGAUACAGACACGACAUGCAGAGACAGACAACACUGUAAAUAUCUCAAAUGGGGCAUCUGGUUUUGCAUGUGGAGAUCCGUUCGCUGGUCUCCUUGAGUUCUUAUCGGGCUGUGACCCCAAAGACGUCGCAGUGAUGCCAUCAGGGUUAUCUCAGUUCGGCCGUCGAAACCACACAUUCUGAUCUGAAAAUCUACGUUACAAAGGGUGUCACUUUUGAAAGAAGGUGACAUUUAACAGGCAAGCAGGGUCUAUGGAAACGCUAUCGUUCGCUGCAUCAUAGGAAGAGUAAUGUCCAGUGUUGUUGUUGCCCCAGGACGCUUCAGCCUGUGCUGCUAUUCAUCUGAUCGCCCUGAUGUACAGUAAACACCUCAGAUGAGUAGUUUUGUUAAACCACAUUUAGUUUUUAAAGAACGAUUGUUCGCACGGACGCUUUCAGUCUUGAAAAAUGAACUUUUUCUCAUGAAAUCACUGGUACGAACUAAACUACGGCUCAGCUGGUAGAUUAUGGACCCCGAGUCAUACCCACCACAUGUUCAGACAGCUCAGUAUUAUUUCCAACUACUGGCACAAGCCUUUCCCUCAUGUGUGAAGGGAGUAAAACGAUACAAUGGGUAUCAAAGACAACUAGAUCCUUAGAUGUAACCUGAUAAAGCAGUAUUUAUGAUGGCCAUAUUUUUUACAUCAAUGUGAAAUACCAAAAAAAGAGAGAAAAAAAUCCAUCCCCGGGUCAGAAGAUGACUGAAAGGGCCUUUGGGUGUUUGCUACCACUACAAACACGAACCUCUCUUUCAAUCAGCCGUUAAUACAGAAAAUGUCAAUGAAAAUGAACCAAUGACUAAAGUGUCAUGAGUUCAAUUGCAUGUGUGACAUGGCAUUUGUUGCCCAUGUGUUUUUUUUACUUCUUUAGGUGGGAAUUCAGUGUUUAACUGGGUGUUUUCUUUCCCUUUUAUUCAUGAAACAGUGUGUAUUGGGCUGUAAUACUGAUUCUCUUGUCACUUUGUAAAGCUGAGCGUCUUCACUGUUUCACUGUUGAGGUGUAGACUAUCGGUAAUAUCACAGCACUUCAAUGUUUUUGGAGAAAAAAUCAGUAUUUGCUCUCUUUUCGGCUUGAAAAGCAGUGUGAGAUACAUGUUAGACUUUUGGAGUGGGACUUACCAAGUUUUACCAAGUGAUCACAUCCUUAGUGAGUUCUUACUUGGCCGUAUCGGUUUGCAGAGGCUGAGUUUGCUUCGCAACUGGAGAUGUUUCUUUAGGUCUCAACUGUCCUCUGAAUCUCUACGUGCAACUCUACCAUGUGUCUCCAAAAGUGCCUUUAAGCACAAAAUAAGUAUUUUAACUUCUGUUGAUUUAAGUAAUAGCAAAAAAUGACAGUUCUCUUUUUAAUUUCAAAACAAACCUGCAAAAUCAAGAAAACGAUUAAACACGCGAGUGGUUUAAAGAAGAUGACUAAACCAGUAUUUUAAACCUGGAGGCCUUCAUAGUAUAUACGACCGAAUAGCGUUUAAAAUAAAGCAGUGCAAAAAUGUAUAAAUUCCGUCAAUGUACAGAACAGUAUAUAUUACAGAAAGAAAAUUAAUAUAACAUUAAUAUUUUGUUUGGUUUUAGUUUGCAUUUUUGUUCUGACACAUUUUCUUUGACGUUGCUGGACUGGAAAAUGUGUCAUGUACCUCAACGGAAAAGACUUUUCUCUAAGAGGCUGUAUUCAUAAUUUUAACUAAAUAUGACUUAACGUAAGAAGAGAGCUCUUUUGCAAACCACUACAAAUACUGAAAUGUCUUCUGAAGACAAACUAGAACAGUAGAACUCUAACACAAAUAAUUACUGUUUCUUUGAUUGUAAAAUAAUUGUUCUUUCUUUUCUGGAUACACACAUUUAUGACUGAUAAUAAUCAAAAUAUAUGUGCCAAAUUGAAUAUAAUACGGUUUUGUUGUCAGCUGACAAAACUUUAAAUAAUAUUUAUUUUUCAUAGAUUAAAGAGCAAAAAAUACUAUUGUCUUGUCAGGCUUUAUUAAAAAUAUAUUAUUUAAAAAUAAAGAAUACUGUGUCCUAAAUAACAGCCGUACUUCUAGAUUAAAAUGUAACAAGCUCCAUUUUUAGCUUCAUCAUUUAGUAACUGUGGUUAUGUGUAUAUUGUGAUCUACAGACACAUAUAAUAACGGAAUAACAGCACAUUAGAGAAAGUUUAUGUUCCAAAUUACCAGGAUGAUUCAGCAUGUUACCAAUUGGUUCAGAUCAAAUUUUGGAACUGGAAUAGACUGUAGAUGUUUACAUCUGGAGUAAUACAUGUGCAAAACCCUUCACUCUUCUACCAAAAGUUGUCACAAGUUUUACUGUAAAAGCACAGCCCUUGGCCUGCAAACUACCAAAUCAGCUUAUUUGUGGUCUGUUGUGCUGUGUGUAUUCAGUGUGACCUGAGCUAAAUAGGUCUAAAGACAGCCGCAGGUGGUCCUGCUUCAUAUUGUGAUGUUUUGGGCCAGACAAUCACCGCCUCCACUCUGGUCCAGUUGAAAGUUCAGUUGAGUUCAUUUUUCACAUUUUGACAAUCUCAUGAGCCUAAUUUUGUCGAUUCAUAUGAAUAUAUUAAUUAUUUUUCCUUUAGUGUUAAUAUGGAAGUGGGAGCCUUAUAUUGCCAGUACGAUGUUGAUGUCCGAGAAACAUGUUCCUAUUACUAUUAUAUGGAUAAAUAUUCAUUACAGUGUCUGACCUAUAAAGUAGUUAAAGUCCUUUAAAGGGCUGCAGUCCAUCUUUGUAACUAAAUAAACCGCAGUUUAAAUGUCCGAGACAGAAACAAGCUGCCAACGUUGUACCUUGUAAAUGGAGUCUUUUGUGGUUCAAAGUGAAAAAACGCUGUGAUUGUUUUAAUAUAAAAAAAAAAGAAAAAAGAAGAUUUUUCUUAAUGGUGAUCGUGUUUGCUAAAAGUAUAAAGCCUCCUGAAAUGCCUCUGGACGCUCUCACAGGCUGAGGCAUGCGUGUUGAAUCGUUUUUGAUCUCGUUUGAUCAGCAAAUGUUAACACAAGGGAGGGUGGAGGUUUCCGCCCAUGAAGGGAAUCAGAGUUGUGUACUUGUUUACGAAAUGGAGGAGGCAAUUAAUAAGCUUGAACAUGAAUAUUGGGUUUUAACUGUGAACAAUUUAUCGAAUUGUAGCUCUAGUCCCAUCAGACACAUUGAAUGCUUUUCCCUUGAAUGUUAAUCUUUGUAGACAUGAGGAAAAGUAAAGCGUCAUACAAAACUGCUAUAACGCCUAUAUUUGUUCUUAAUGAUUUUUACUGCAUAGCAUGACAAGAAUACUGGUUGGAAAUCUUACUCUUUUUUGCUUUUCGAUGGUGUUUUUUUAUUGUAUUGCUUCAUUUUACCAAUUGCUGUUGUUUAAGUCAGCCAGAGGUGAAACAAUAAAUAAAAUGGGGCUGAGCAGUUUGUGUGCUGAUGGCUGAAUGUAAAAGUCACUUAAAGACUACUCCCGUCUGCUCAUGAGUUCCUUUCCAAUUUGAUCUUUCACUGCAUAGUUCACCAUUUGAUCUGUGUCACAUUCAACGGGUUCCUUUUGUACACUAUGGAAGUAUCGACAAUAAAUGUUUUUAACUUGUUGGCUCAA